UUGCAUAAGCACAUUACAUUAAAUAAAAGGUAUUCGUUGCGUAUUGUAUUAUAGUUUUGUUGAACCAAUAAAAAAUAAAUUCAUUUGAAGAUUCUGAUGAUUUUAUGAUUUCUUCUUGGUUUUGUCAAUCGUGUCUUGUUAGAUCUAAAAAACAUGCUAUGCUUUGAACUACUUUUCCAUCCAAAUUAAUCCAAACCGCCAUAACAGUAUGGCGGAGACGGUUAUUUCUUCCAUAACGGGAAAAGUAGUAGACUUGUUGUGUGGUGUGGCUAAAAGGGAGAUUAGCUACGUGUGUAAUUGCUCUGAAAAUGUUGAAAAAUAUAAAAAUGAAGCUGAUAAGCUGUCGAGUAUGAAGGGAAGGGUUCAGCAACAUAUAGAUUUGGCUAAAUCUAAAGGGGAAGAUCUCCUAGAAGGUGUGGAAGAGUGGAUGAAGAAAGCAGAUGAUUAUACAUCCAACGCCACGCAGUUUACUAAUGGAGGAGAAGACCAGGAGAAACGCUUCAAUUUGUGUACCCUCCGUCGUUGUAGUAAGACGGCGAUAAAAAAAACGCUUUCUCUUCGGCAGCACCAAGAAGAUGGUAAGAGUUUUGAAACUUGUGUCUCCCUUCCUGCUCAAGCCCCAGGAUUCACAGACUUGUACCAAAGUAAAAAUCUUGAAGAUAUCCAUACCCAAAAGUUGACUUUGAAGAAAAUCAUUGGAGCUAUAGAAGAUGACACAACACAAAUCGUUGGAAUUAAUGGCUUAGGUGGUGUAGGUAAAACUACACUAGCUAGUGAAGUUGCUAAAGCAAUAAAGAAUCAAUUUGCGGAUAUUGUGUUUAUAGCAGUGUCAAGAACUGUUGAUGCUAAAAUGAUUCAAGAAAAGGUUAAAGUUCCAGCAAGUAGAAUAAUAAAGGGAGAGAAGGUUCUAAUCAUUCUAGAUGACGUUUGGGAAGAACUGAAGCUUCAGGACUUGGGCAUUCCAUGUGUGAGUGAGCACAUGAAUUGCAAGAUUUUGCUUACAUCUAGAAGCAUAGAGGUGUGUGCGGCAAUGAAUGUCCAAAAGAAUAUUUCGGUGAACCCUUUGCAAGAGGAAGAAGCGUGGACCCUUUUUGAGCGUGUGGUUGGUAAAAGUGAAUGGCACGAUAAAUUGAAAGAAGUUGCAUUAAAGAUUGUCAAGGAAUGCGGUGGAUUGCCACUUUUUAUUCAAGCUCUUGGAAAAGCCCUAAAAGACAAAGAAAUUAAAAUUUGGAAGGCAACGCUUCGUCGACUACAUGCUCCCAUGGAUGGGGAUGUCAUCUACAAAAAGGAAGGUAUACUGCAAUUGAAGUUAAGCUACGACCAUCUUGAAGAUGACGUAGCUAAGUCACUUUUCUUAUUGUGUAGUAUGUUCCCAGAAGAUGGAAACAUUGGCCUUAAAAAGUUGACACAUUAUGGGCUCGCUCUUGGGAUAUUUAAUAAUCCUGAUAGCAUUCACGAUACAAAAGAUAUAGUUCAACUGGUUGUUGAGUCUCUUAAAUCAUCUUUCUUGUUAUUGCCUGCGGAUGAUUUUUCUUUUUUUGAAGACAAUAGAAGAGAAGAAGAAGAAUUAUUUAAAAUGCACGACCUUGUUCGUGAUAUGGCAUUGUUCGUUACUUUUAAAGGUGAUGACAAGUUUUUGGUGAAGUCCGGAAAAGGUUUGAGAGAAUGGCAGCCAAGAAGCGACGUUAUAAAAAGCUACAAGAAGAUCUCACUCAUGGAAAAUAAAAUAUGUAAGCUUCCUGAUUAUGAACUUGAUUUGCCAUACCUUGAUACUUUCCUUAUACGAAAUAAUGAACUUUCAAUUGUUCCGGAUGAAUUCUUUCGGGGCAUGAAAGAGCUGAAAGUUUUAGAUAUGUUGGGUAACAACUUUUCAUCUCUCCCACAAUCACUAACGCAGCUCACAAUGCUACGCCUGCUAGAUCUAAGUGAUAACAUGUCUCUCUGUGAAAUUUCAUUACUUGGGGGGUUGUCAUGUCUUGAGAUUCUAAAGCUUAGACGUACUGGAAUUAGAAAAAUCCCUGAAGAGAUCGGACGAUUGACCAAUUUAAGGCUGUUAGAUGUUUACUAUUGUUAUGAUUUGUCUUACGUAACACCUGGUGUGAUAUCAAAGCUCAUUAUGUUGGAAGAGUUGUAUAUUAGUUUAAUGAGGGGGGAUUGUAGUUUUCUUACAGAACUAAGCGAAUUGGCGUUGCUGAAAAUUCUCCAUUUAAGAGUUUGGGAAUUGCGUUAUAUUCCCAAAAUUGAAACCUUGAUAGAAUUUGACAUUGGGACAUCUGAACAGGCAAGGUUUGAACACACAUGGGGUUUAUAUAAACGCUGCCUAGAAGUUUCAGAAUAUAGAUGCUCAUUAACGAUGCCAAUUAGGAAACUGAUUCAGCUAUCUGAAGUGUUAACAUUGUCAUAUAUAGAAGAUUUGGAUAACAUCUUACCAGACCUAUAUCAAGAAGGUUUUGAUGAAUUAAGGCAUAUUGUUUUAAGAAGGUGUGGCAAUGUUAGAAGCUUGGUGAAGACAUGUGACUUGGAUGGAAUUCAGACAUCAAAUGAAAGUGGUCCGAUGAAAACAAAGGGAAAGUUUUUUUCCCAUGUGGAAGUAAUUCACUUGGACCAUUUGGAUAGGUUGGAGCUUCUGUGGGAUAACCCACAUCAAUAUAUAAGCUUUUGUAAUCUAGUUGAAAUCCUUAUAUAUAAUAGCUCCUCCUUAUUAAAGCUAUUCCCUAUAAGCGUAGCGCAAGGGCUUGUCAAUCUCAAAGAUUUAACUAUUUCAAAUUGUAAAAGUUUGGUGAAUGUUAUUUCAGAUGGAGAUGAGCAAACAACUGGAAGUGAAACUGAAUUGGUAAAAAAAGAUACAAAUAUCGUGUUCUCCUUUGAUCGUAUUCGACUUUAUAAUCUCCCCAAACUUGAGAGUUUCUACUCUGGCCAUUCUAUCAUCAAAUAUCCUUCUUUGGAGGAUAUUCGAGUGCAUGAUUGUCCUAGCAUGAAGAGAUGGAGUUAUGGAGAGAAUCGUACAACCAAGAUCAAAUUUUAUGAUGAAGAGAGAGAGUGUAGCAUUAAUGAUUAUAUUGCAGGAAUACAUGAGAAGAAUGGAAACUUCACGUACAAGGGUGUUGCAUAUGCUUUCUAGUAUGUUUAUCGUGCAAGUGAACAAUAGAACUUAAUGGUGAAAGUAUUAUUGAAUAAUGAGUUGGUGCAAGAAGAUUGCAAUAUUUGCUCCAACCAAGGCAUGUAGGUAGUGCUUUUUUGGAAUUGGAUUGGGAUGGAACUGGAAGAUUGCACUAUCUGGUGGUAUUUGAUAUUUACUUUGAAGCAAAUAAUCUUGUGUUAAACUUUUAAUUAGAUUUGGAAUUCAUUUCGUUUGUGGCAUGUAAUUUUCCCAACUCUAAUUAUGUUACAAGUACACUUUAGACAGUGUUUCAAAAAUUGCGAUUACUCGGUGAUUAAUCGCCGAGUAGUCGCUAGUCGGCCUCCUACUGGGUAAUUUUUCACUAAUCAGUCAAAAAAUCGCUAGUCGGUCAAAGCCGGUCCAAGCCGCCCUAGUCGGACCUAUUCGGCCCAAGUCGCCCUAUUCGGCCCAUUUGAAAUCCUUACAAAACAGGCCCAAGAUUACAACUUUAGCCCAUUUUCCUUAUCCCUUACCCUAAUAUGACGAAGAAUUUGAGUCAGAGAAAGAGAAAGAGGAUGAAGUAGAUGAGGAGAUUGAAUACGAGUCAGAUGGUGUCGAAAUCAUUGAACACUACGGGGAUGACGAUUACAUUUGAGGUAUUUGUUAAUGUUUGAAUUUUAAGUACUGAGACUUGUUAUAUUAUGACUUAUAUGUAAGUUUAGUUUGUAUUUUGAACUACUUUUACCUUUUUAA